CCGAGCCAACUGUUAUGAUGACAUUGGGUUUACUGGUGGUACAAAACGUUCGAUGGUGCAGCCAAGGUAACUUGUACAUAGAAAAAAGAAAAAGAAAAAGAAAUAAACAUUGAUGGAUUACUAGUCAUUUUAUUGAUUUUAUUUGUAGCUUGCUAGAUUCUCGUCUAUAUAAUAAUGGUGAUACAAACAUCCAAUGAUAUAGCCAAGAUUGCAAACCACUCAACAAAACCAAGAUCGAAUGCCUUCUACGUUGGAAUGGCUUUGUUAUCCAAUUGAAGUGUCUGUAUCAAAUAAAAUAGUCCUACUCAAAAGUGCAAGUCAUGAUCGUUGUCCUGGUGAUGGCAUUAGUUGUGAUUCCGGUUGUAAUUCUGGUCGUAGUUCAUGGAUAUUAUCGAUUAUAGUGUGGUUACUUAUUAUUAUAGUUAUGUAGUAUACUUAUGUAGUAUAGAAUAUUUGUAGUGAUGAAAUAAAAUUAUGAUUUCAAUAGU